GUGGAGGGUGUUGGGGGGAAGUAACCACGUAGAGAUUUACUGCGGACCUAAACUGUUGACAAGAUGGCGGAAGGCGAUACCGUAGGCGAAUCAGCUACGAAAAGCGUUGCUGCGAAAGAGAGUGCUCAAAGCAUGCUGGACCUUGAUACAGACUCCAGAACAAAUAUGGUAGACUGCUUUGGCAGGCCUGGAUCCCAGCUGGCAGAAAAGCAAACAUUCAAAAACAAAACUGGAGAAACUAUUUGUGCUUUUCCCGUUAUCGUUGAUUUUCGUAGAGUCUUGGAUCUUGGGCAAGUGUCAGAAGAAAGCGGCGUUAUUCCAGGGAUUUCCAAUCGAGAUCUUCUUCAUGCUGUUGUAGGGUUGUAUGAUGUUAAUCUGAGUGAUAUGACAGCAGAUUGUUUGUACAGCACAAUUUGUGAGAAAUGGGCACGCACAAUUCUGCUUGUUAGAGAUGUGAAAGACGCAAUUGCAGACUUGGAAAAGAGGAGGAAGAAAGAGAAGCUUAGGAGAGACAAAGAAAAGGAAGAAAAAAAUGCUGCUGAUGAACAUUUAGUGGAAAGUGAUGAAGAAGAAAGUGAUGAGGAUGAUGACGAAGGACAGGAAGAAGAUGAAGAAGAUGAUGUUCUUGAUGAUGAUCAUGAAAAAUCCAGUAUGUUUGAAGAUGUGUACAGUGACACAGAGGAAGAAGAGGAGGAGGAGGAGGAGGCAGAAAAUGAAGAGGAGGAAGAGGAAGAGGAAGAGGAAGACUUUUCCCGUGGAGUGAAAACUUUUGUAAAAAAGGUAGCUAGUCGAAGACUGGAACGUGAAAGUAACUCAGGUGCCAUCACAGAGGAUCAAGUAGGGAUAGAGACUAGGCUCCUUGGGUGUGCAACUUUUGAAAAGAAAUAUGCUUGCCAGCAUAAAGAACGAGUGGUACACUUGACACUUAUCAGUGUACGGAAAAGAGCACAGAAAUUCUGCAUGGGAAAAUAUCUACUGUCUAAAUGCAUGGAUCCCACUGUUGUUGGCCAUUAUGAUGCAGUAGUAGUCCAUGCUGACAAUUCAGCCAUUGAUUUUUUCAAGAAAUAUGGCUUUUCAGAUGAUGUGGUCCUGAACAGCAAAUGGAGUGAACUAGCAGAGCAGUUUACAGACUGUACUCUUAUGUGCUACCUUCCAGGUUUCUCAGAGGAGAAUCAAGGCAUUCGAGAACAAGUGCCUGAGGAUGCUGCUCUGGAUCUCGCACAAAAGAACAUAAAACCAAUGACUUUGAGCUUUAUGUUUGAAUUGACUGAUGUCAGCAAGAAGGAUCCAGAAUUGUGUGAAGUUGAAGAAGAAUUCAGCAAAUGGCAAAGAAAAACCCUGGAAGCAUACCAGAACCAGAUAUGCUGUGUCACAAAAAUGCGUCACGAGAUAACCCAACUAAAAAAAAUUAUUAAAAAGCAGAGUGAUCUUCUGAGCAUAUUAAUUAAAGAAAAUGAAAAAGCAAGAAGAGAUAAACUGAGUGCAGAGCACAGUUUAUUGAUAUUCAAACUUGAGACAGCAUGCAAUGCAUUCAAAACUGAUACAGCUUCAAGCACUGAUGGAAACCAUGCAGAGCUAACAGGUGUGGCAUCAUGCUGUCAAAAUGAUAAUGGAGACAAUGAGAUAAAGACAGAAGCACUGAUCCAAAGCCUAAUACGUCAGUGUAUUUCGCUGGAAAAUAUGCACAUUUCUCAGGGCAGCUUGUCAGAAACAGUUGAGACUCAGCACUUAACCCAGCAGCAAGAAAGCAGCAAGCCCUCAGCAGCAAGUGAGACGGAGGAUUUGCUCACAUGCUUUGACAUUUCCACACGCUUCCAGUUGGACAUGUCUACAGACAAAAGUCUUACUAUGAAGUAUGAAGCUACUUCUGUAAUUAAGGCUUCCUUACCACAGAAUAUCAUAGAAAGAUUUCACAAAACCCUCAAAAGCAUGGCUAAUCCAGACUUUGUGACACAACUAUACUUCUGUGGCACUCUGGAGAAACCCCAUCGCUGUACACAGGUGUUGAAGACUGGAUUCUUACAGGAAGAUUUUUCACAUGGAGAGUAUGGGUAUGGCUUGUAUUUUUCAAAGCAUCCAUCCAAAGCAGCUCAGUUUUCUGCUCUUGGAAAACUGGUGUUGGCUGAGGUAGGAUUGGGUGCUGUGGAAACAAUAACCAAAAGUGACAGAACUCGUAAAAAGCCUUCUGAUGGAAUGGACUCAAUAAUUGUACCUGGACGACUAUGCCAUUGGGGUAGAGAGUCUCCAGAAGCACUUCUAUGUCAGGAAUAUGUUGUCUUUAACAUUGAGCAAGUGACACCUGUAUGUCUCAUCACAUAUCAGGCAGUCAAAAAAUAAAAGUCUUCAGUGUUCAUAGAUGCAAAAUAUGACCAGCUAAGAACUCGAUAAAUUGUCACAAAUACGCUUUAUCUGAAAUGUUAUAUUUUUCUUUAUCUUUGAGUGUUGCAUGAAAUAAAAUUGAAAUAUUUCACACAUGGAGAUUCAUUCACAGAUAUUUUAAGAAUGUUCUUAUAUUGGCAAAGAGCUUAAGCCUCUGAAGUGCUUUCAAGUCCCAUUGUACUGGUAAACAGAAUUAAACUUUGCUUGGCAUGUUGACCAAAGUUUCAGUAUUCAAAUGUUCUCCACAUAAACAAUUGCUUGCCUGUACCUUCACACACAACUCUGCCAAACUUGGUCAAGCAUUUGACAUUUGCUUGCAUUUAGGUUGCAAACAGACUUUGUUUUUAGGAUAUUAUUAGGGGUGACAAAUGAAAUUCUGUGGAUGAGACUAGAAGGUUGAUAAAAAAAUAUAUGCAUUUGUUGUGUUACGAAAGUAAUGAGAUGCAAUUGUUUACACCCAGAAUCAUUGUAUACUCAAGUAGUUUGUGGUAUUCUUCUUCUUCUUCCUAAUCACCCCCAGUGGAGCAUAGGGCAGUUUGUGGUAUACUGUUGAUUUUUAUGAUCACUGUUUUCUGAAUGAGAAAUGAAUAAGAGUGAAUGGAGGAGUGGAUGAUUUAUCAAAAUGGAUAAAAUUAUUGGAUCAUCCUGAAGAUUAAGUUUUGGUGGUUUGUGGACCUGAUGCCAAAUACUUUCAUUUUUGGAAAAAUGCUUACAUGUUAUACAUUGUUACAAUUGCCAUUGCUUCUUGUUUGUUUUCCAUUAGUGAUGUGAUGUUAAUUUUGACAUUGGCAUAUUUUAAUUAGGCCUCAUAAAAGAAAAUAAAGAAAACCACGAUAUUAUUUUAAAAACUCUCCAGGCUCUUAACAACUUUAAUGGAAGUACCUUGCAAUGUGCAAAACUUUUGGCAACUGUGCUCCAAAAGAAAGUAUACAAUGCAACAAUGGUUUGUGAAAUUUUUGUUCAAAAUGCCUCCUUUUCAUAAUGCUCAAUUAACAUGAAAUGAACAUUUUACCUGAGAGUUAAAUUUAUUUUUAUGAUAUGGAUAACUAAAAUUUGCCAUGUGAGUAAAUUUUCUCAUUUAUAACUAUUUAAAAAUAAACUUUCAA